UCUGCCUCCAAGAUGGUAGGAAAGUUGUCGUUUCGGAGGGCAGAGGAGCGGCUCUCUGGUGUUAUGUCCUCGCAGUGCCUGUAGUGGUGCUGUAGGAGGCUGCUGCCUCUUCUUGUGCAGCUCCGGCAGCCCUGCCUUCUUGGCUGGAGAGUAUAUUCAGGGAUUUCCCCUUAAUAAUCACCGACCCUGGGAGCACUUUUUAGUUUCCAAAAUAAAAAUAUGAUCCUCACCCCUCUUGCUUGACAGGGAAAGGCUCUCGCCGGAGCCCAGGGGGGAGCAGUAGCAGCGGCGGCCGAGCUUCCUAGUCCAUUGCCAGCGCCUCUCACUCUGAUCUGUCAGACCAGCCGAGGGAAAAGGGGGGAAGGAGAAAAAAAAAAAACCAGCUGAAAGACAAUCUGCUUCAUCUUGAUUCUGCAGCAUUCCAAACUGUGGUAUCCUUGGGGUUCUCUUAUCAUUGCUAUGGUGCAGAAGAUUUAAAAUCAGCUGAUGUUCACAAGGAAUAGAGUCACGUGAUGUAUGAAGGGAAACAUAUACACUUCUCUGAGGUUGACAAUAAGCCCUUGUGCUCAUAUAGCCCCAAACUGUGCAAGCAGCGGCGACUCAACGGCUACGCUUUCUGUAUCAGACACGUUCUGGAGGACAAGACUGCCCCCUUCAAGCAAUGUGAAUAUGUGGCCAAGUAUAAUAGCCAGCGCUGCACCAACCCCAUCCCUAAAUCAGAGGACCGCAGGUACUGCAACAGCCACUUGCAGGUACUUGGCUUUAUCCCGAAAAAAGAGAGGAAGAAAAAGAAUGAUCCUAUAGAUGAGGUAAAGGUCAGGCACCAGAUGGAUACCAUGGCCUUUAGCCUGACGGUGCCCACGUUGGCCUUGAAGAUGCCCAAUGGACUGGAUGGAAUGUCCCUCUCUCCACCGGGGGCAAGGGUCCCGCUCCACUACCUGGAAACUGAGUUGGAAGACCCAUUUGCUUUCAACGAGGAAGAUGAUGACCUAAAGAAAGGGGCAACUGUGAGAAAGAAGUUGCAGAGCAAGUUGGCCCAGAAUCGGCAGCGCCAGAGAGAGACAGAGAUUUUAAAAGUUCGACAAGAGCACUUUAGUCCCCCUCCUGCACCUUCUCAGCAGCAGCCUCCGCAGCAGCACUCCCACCUGUCACCUUUAUCCACUUUAAAACCUCCAGCGCCACCGCAGGGUCUAGUCUGCAAGUCACCUCAACCUCAGAACACCAGCCUACCAAUGCAGGGAGUGGCCCCCACUCCACACACUAUAGCACAAGACAGGCAGUUGUCUCACAAGAGGCCUCUGCCCCUCCUGCCAUCUAGUAGGGCUCCCGUCGUGGACCCGCCCAGGACUGACCGGGUCCUUAUGAAAGCCACAGCCUUCUCUCCACACUUCUCUUGUAUAAGUCGACUGCAGAGACUGGUGAAACUGUGCACCCAGAAACAUCAGCUGGACACUGAUCUGUUUCCCCAUUUAGGGUUGGACUGGUCUGAAGAGAGUGGAGAAGAACUGGAGGACUCAGAGCAGGCCUCGCCAUACCAGGUUGCCUGGUCCAUCCGAGAGACCCUCAGAUAUGAAAGACACAUGUCGGAUGAUGAUGAUACAGAGAGUAGGAGCUCCAGGGUGACCCAACUUUGCACUUACUUUCAGCAGAAAUAUAAGCACCUCUGCCGCCUGGAGCGGGCAGAAUCUCGUCAAAAGAAAUGCCGGCACACGUUUAGGAAAGCUUUGCUGCAGGCGGCCAGUAGAGAGCCAGAAUGUACUGGCCAGUUGAUCCAGGAACUACAGAGAGCUGCAUGCAGUCGGACCAGCAUAAGCCGGACCAAGUUGAAGGAGGUGGAGUCAGCAGCAUGCAGUGGGACCGUGAAGGGUGAACAGUGCACCAACAAAGCCCUUCCAUUCACCAGACAUUGUUUCCAACAUAUCCUCUUGAACCGCUCUCAGCAACUCUUCUCAAGUUGCACGGCCAAGUUUGCAGACGGACAGCAGUGCUCUGUGCCCGUGUUUGACAUUACACACCAGACACCUCUGUGUGAAGAACAUGCCAAAAAAAUGGAUAAUUUCUUGAGAGGAGAUAGCUCCCGUAAAGUUCAGCACCAGCAGCAGAGGAAACCCAGGAAAAAAACCAAGCCUCCUGCACUUACCAAAAAACACAAGAAGAAGAGAAGGCGUGGACCUCGUCGACCCCAAAAACCCAUUCCCCCUGCAGUGCCUCAGGGGAACCUCAGCAUGCCCACCAGCGUCUCACUGCCAGUGGAGGCCUCUCACAUCCGGAGCCCGUCCACGCCAGAGCUGAGUGCUGAUGAGCUGCCGGAUGACAUUGCCAAUGAGAUCACUGACAUUCCACAUGACUUGGAAUUGAACCAGGAGGACUUUUCAGACGUCCUGCCGCGGCUACCUGAUGACUUACAAGAUUUUGAUUUUUUUGAAGGCAAGAACGGGGAUCUCCUCCCCACCACCGAAGAGGCCGAGGAGCUCGAACGGGCCUUGCAGGCCGUGACUUCUCUCGAGUGCCUGAGUACCAUCGGGGUGCUCACCCAGUCAGACGGUGUACCCGUCCAGGAGUUGUCAGACAGAGGAAUAGGGGUGUUCUCCACAGGGACUGGAGCUUCAGGAAUUCAGUCCCUGAGCCGAGAGGUAAACACGGACCUGGGGGAGCUGCUGAAUGGGCGUAUAGUACACGACAAUUUUCCUAGUCUAGAGCUGGAUGAGAACCUGCUCCGUUCUGCUACCUUGUCUAACCCACCUACACCCCUGGCAGGGCAGAUCCAGGGGCAGUUCUCUGCCCCAGCCAACGUUGGCCUUACUUCUGCCACUCUGAUCAGCCAGAGUGCACUUGGGGAGAGAGCCUUCCCAGGACAGUUUCAUGGACUUCAUGAUGGCAGCCAUGCCUCCCAGAGGCCACACCCUGCCCAGCUGCUGAGCAAGGCAGACGACCUAAUCACCUCACGACAGCAAUACAGCAGUGAUCAUUCACACUCCUCGCCCCAUGGAAGCCAUUAUGACAGCGAGCACGUGCCGUCCCCCUACAGUGACCAUAUCACCUCUCCCCACACAACAUCUUACUCUGGUGAUAACAUGGCAGCUACCUUUUCAGCAGAGAUGCCCAUCAUGGCGCAGCACUUGCUCCCAACCCAACUUGAGGUGCCACUUGGAGGAGUCGUAAACCCCAGGACUCACUGGGGCAAUCUCCCUGUCAGCCUCGGAGAUCCCUCUCCAUUUAGCAACCUUCUCGGCGCAGAUGGACAUCUUCUUUCCACUUCCCUGUCCACACCACCCACCACUUCGAACUCAGAGACCACACAGCCUGCCUUCGCCACCGUGACCCCCAGCAGCUCCAGUGUGCUUCCGGGGUUACCGCAGACCAGCUUCAGUGGCAUGGGGCCUUCUGCUGAACUGCUGGCCUCCACCUCUCCCAAGCAGCAACUCCCUCAGUUCAGCGCAGCCUUCGGCCACCAGCUGAGUUCUCACAGUGGCAUCCCCAAGGACCUGCAGCCCAGCCACAGCUCAAUAGCGCCUCCCACAGGCUUCACAGUGACAGGUGCCACAGCUACAAGUACCAAUAAUGCAUCUUCUCCCUUUACCUCCCCUAACUGAGCGUAUCUGUGUGCUUGCAGGCAGGUGGGGAACCUGGUGUUUUCUAUCUUGUUUUCCUCUUUAUCACCCCUCUCCCCUUUUCCUAAAGAAGAUUUUAAAAAUAACAGAUGGGGACUAGAGGAGAACUCCCUUUUCCAGUUAAGCAAGUUACCCCGCAGUGGACCUCGCUUCAGUGUUCACAUGUGCUCCUUCGCACUGGUGCUCAUUCCCUCCUGGCAGGUCCACUCUCCCCCAAUGGUUUCCUUAGUGGCUCAGCACAGUGACUGGAUAGAAUCGACUUUUAGCAGCAAGUCCUAGAAGUGAAAGAUACCUCAGAUUACCAGUGCCCUUUACUAUUUCCUAGUAUUCAGAUCAAUGCUUUCCAUUCUAAUACCAGGUCUUUACAUAGGUGGUUCUAAAUAGAAUGAGCCUAUUCAUCGAGUUCCUGUGUUAAGAGACGGCAAAUGGUGUGUAGAGGCAGAUCAAGGCUCUGACUUAGCACCAACUGCUAAACAUCACAUGAGGCCAGGAUUCCAUUCCUAAUUGUGAUCCUGUUUAAUUAAAAAGAAAAAAAUUAGUCUUUUGACUGCCUGUGUGUAUGUGUGCACCCACGCGUGUGUUUUUGUGCAGGGCAGGAAGCAGCUGUCCCAUUGUUAUUUUUUUUUUCUUUCCUAAUGAGUAGAAGGCUCUUCUCCUUUCCCACAUCUCACAACCCUGAUAAGGUUGGUCAUUCUUUCCCACUGAGUUAACCGACUUUCCUGAAUGGAGAAGGGUGGUGGUCUGGUGGCGUGAAUAGCACAACCCUUUUCUGCUAAGUUAGCCCAGAACACAAAAAGCUGAAUUCAUGUCAGUGCCCUGCAGAUGUCGUGAAAAGCUUGCCUGGAGGGACUGCGGGGUUGCUGCGAUUCUGAGGUCUGGUGGUUGGUUAUAUUGCCUUUUUAGACAUGCAUUUGUUUCUAAAUCCCUCUUCCAUGGAAUAUAUUCGCAAGAUGUAAUUAAAAUAUUUUGAUGUGAAAAGCAGGAUAGGUCAGAUAGGUUUGGAAAGAUGGGAUCUGUGAACUCCUUGAUCCAUCUUUUGCUUUUGAAUUUUUCAUGUUUACAGUAGUGAUUCUUUGGUAAGAUUUGUAAAAUGUUGAAGACACUUGUAGAAUCAAUGUACCAGUUGUGAAGUGAUGUGUAAUAUCUGAAGGAUACACAUUUUAAAGUUUCUUUCAAAGCAGAAUAUGGAAAUUAGACAUAAAUUUUACCCACCCUUUGGUACUUUUAAAAUAAUUUAAGUAUUUAGGUUUAAGUUUGGGGAAAU